GGGUCUUCCCUCCCCUCCCCCCUCCCCUUCUUUCUGUUUAAGCUUGGGAGGUCACUGACCUCACGAGGGUGGAGUGGGGGGGACAACCGGCAGGGGAGCGCGUGUAGCGUCACAAUCCUGGCCUCUUUUAGAUCUGCCUUUCAUCUCCCUCAUUCUCAACACGCGCGCGCGCGCACACGCGCUCGCGCGCUUGCUGAAGGAAAGAAAUAGUUCGGUAACAGAUCUUUCCCUUGCAUUAUACUGUAUAUUAAGGGCAACCUUCCCCAACGGGGGGCCCCCAGACAACAGCUAUGGAAUUCACAGAUGAUUCCCUACAUACAUGGAUUGGACUGCAAUGGCCAAAAACCACUAUUGGCAGCUGCACUUCACCAUGUCUGAAUUGUGCCUAGUUGCAGAAGAGAAUUACAGAAAGGACCCUUCAUAUUGUACAGGGUAAGAAGACUCUCAACGAGGAACAUCAUUUAAAAAGUUGGGGUUCCUAUUUGGAUAACUUGCUGCUCCAGAUGCAUAGUGUUAAAAAUUCUGACUUGGUUUAUACACGGUGCUAAACCAUACUUUAACCAUCUUUUGUGGCAAAGAGCACCACUGGCAAGCUUCAUAUGACAUAUUAAACCAAGUUAUUCAUUUUUUGCUAAGGGAUUGAUUGGGCCUUUGAAUGGAGGGCUGAAGGCCACAUUCCAAAAAGGAGUGGGUGGAAACAUGACAACUAAAUUUGAUUUGAUUGAAAAUUCAAAACAGCUCCUCAGAUUGCUAUCUAGUCAUCUGUUUGAUCAUUUCCCUCUUCUGUCACAUUCUGGAGGUCUCAAGGAGUGCACCCAAGGUUCAAGGGGGCAUGUAGCUAGGGGCUUCAAAUUGCCUGCUCUUUUGCUAAGUAAUAUACUGUGACUUUCCAACUACAAUACCUUAAGUCAAAACUAGCUAUAAUAUGGUUUAGCAGAAAAUGUAAACCCAAUCUGUAUUUGCUUAAUUUCUUAGACUGUGCUCCUGCUUGAAAAAAAGAUUGAUAGUUCUCUAUCCCUUUUAACCUUCUCACUUCUUUUCAUGCCUAGACAAAGAACUAUUUAUUCUUAUGGGAGAAGCCCCCUACACAAAGCCUGUGGUUAGUUGGUUACCUGCUGAGAAGCCUGAGUAGACAAGGUUUAUCUUUCCUUUCUUGAAAGGCCUCCUCCACUGAAUUCUUUCCAUACAAUAGCAUAACCUGGUGAACCUAGUUAGUGCCUUUAACAUUCCAUUACCAAGUGCUUAGGAAGGUGGGUUCAGUCUUUAGAUGCUUUCCUGAUUUGUUAGCUUAGCCUGUUACAUCAGAUGUGGAAUUUUGCCCUGAUUGGGCCUGGCAACAAUCAAUAUCCUCAAAGUAGCUGGCUUACAUUUAUCUACCAUGUUUGAUCAAACUUUGGGGAUAAUAGGGCUCUGCAAAUCUAAAAAAAGUUCUGCAGGCCUCAUGUGAGCACAAUCCCUCUGUUUUUAAUAAAAGAUUUUGUUUAGGCUUGUGUGAGAGCCUGGGAAAAGAUGUGGCUGCUUUAAGAAUAGUAUUAAUGAACUGAGUCAUUAAAGCAAUAUCAUUUUUUCCAGUAAGUAAUUGUACUUGUGCAAGAUGUGGAGCAGGGUGUUGUUGUUUUUUUAAUUACUUUUGAAGUGUCCUCAGUCUAGAGGAUAUGCUUAGAAUAAAGGACAAAAGAAGGAGAGCCAGUAUAACGGCAUUCAAAUGAUCUCUCUUCAGCUAUCCUUCCUCCACUGAAGUCCAAGCAGAUUCUGAAACCCCUGCAUUGAUGCAAGCAAGUAUGUAAUUAAUUUUGGUACGCUGACUGUAUUGAUUUUAUUUGGAACUCUCUGUAGGUGAUUGUUGCAUUCCUUUAUUUUUUCAGUAUUUUCCCUCAAUGGCCUUUGGCUAUCUAGAGACAGCUUCAUUGGUUUAAAAAGGAACUGUUCCUAAAAAAGUUUCCCCAUGUGCAGGACUACAUACUUACCUAGGACCUUCAACAUGGCAGUGUUAAAGAGCUAUUUCCCAAGCUGCACAGGGUGGCAGGAAAGGCUGCCGUUAUAAACAUUUACUACUGCACUUCCAACCCUAACUUGGCCUUGGCAAUGAAGCAGAAUAGGGGUUCUGUCCACAACAGAAAUAGGGAUGUGUGUUUGUGUGAAACACUGCCUGUAGUACCAGUUUUGGGGAGCAGAAGAUCCAUGGGUCUUCUUCAGUUAAAUCUCCAGCCUAUGGAGAUUGUUCCAUGCAAGUUGGGAAUAACAUCAAAUAAGCCAUUCUACCCCACUUACCUCCCCCUGCUUUUCCUACCCCAUGGCAAGAGGAGCAUGAGGAGGAAGAAAAGGGGGAAAUGGGUUUUUCUCCAGCAUGAUGACUGAAGAAUCCACCAAUGGGUUAUUAUUUCAGUCCUCCUGCCCAAUCAGACCAAGUUGUCAAGUUGUUACGCCUCCUCAUUAUCUGGGACCUCCCAGUUUCAUCUUGGUCUUUCGCCCAUGAGGACGUGAUAACUUGACUCUCAGUCGUUUGGAGCAGGUCAGACUAGAUAUUAUUAUUCCAUUGGUGGAUCCUUUUUUGAGAUUUGGAAAAAAUUAGUGGAGAUUAUUACCUCUCUAGAAAAUCUGAAUCCCUUUCCCCUUCCCUUCAGGGCUAGUGUAGCACUCCUCUCCAGGACUGGGGGGAGUGGUUUCCCUUCCCUGAAUUCAGCAGUUUGCUGAACUAUCCCAAAACUUUACCUAAUAGAAGCGGGAGGAGUUUCCCUUCAUUGUAGUGAGGGGAGGAUUGAAUAUUCACACUCCCCUAGCAAGAGCACAUGUUUCUGGCUGGUGGCUGCCAUUUUGAAGCCUCAUGGCUUCUUCUCUGACCGGGUCCGGUCAGGGAUUCCUAUAGCAGCCGCCAUUUUGAAUCCGUGGAGCACAGCUUUGCCGAAGUUCUUUUCAGCCGAAGCACAGCUGUUUGGCUUGAUUAGAGCAAGCAACAGGGGGAAUUUUGUCCGGCCUUUUUGUUUGCCCUCUGGCUGACGCUGGAGAAGAGGAAGCCUUGUUUACAGCGGCGAUCUGUUUUUGUGUCUAACAGCUGUUAGGCACGAUUUCCCAAACUGAUCUCUUCAUUACAGAAAAGCCUAGAAACUUGCUUCCUUACCUUUUGGGUACGCUUUGACUAUUUUAAGAGCCUCAAUUCUUCUUCUCCUCCUCCUCCCCUCCUUCCUUCCUCACGGAGCUCAGGGCGUCCGCCAUUUUUAAGGCAUAUUCCCACAGGGAAACGCCCAUUCACACGCUGGCCAGGAUGCCACUUUGUGAUUGUUAAACAACUUGCUGCAGUUAUAUUUUUGUUCUACAUAGUUUCACUGGUAUAAUUACAUAGAUUUUGCAUAUACCUUUGCAUCAUUUGCAUUAACUUUGUCCUUGAGCUUAAGUGUUUCAGAAAUUAUCAUUCCUAUUGAGGAAAUCUAUUAUCAACAAGAGUGUGGAAUCAGCAGAAGCAACGGUCCUUCAGGCCCUGCUUGCCAUAUUGCCUAUAUCUGCCUCUCUGCAUCUAGUGGUUGCUUCAAGAUCCUGACCAUUGCCACUAUUGUGGGACACAUGUGAUUUCGUCACCAACUUGAUCUCAGGUCCUUUGCCGGGUGACGAGCGCUUCUGUGCCAAGCGUGAGUUCAGGUUAGCCAGUGGGCCGACUCACGCUAAUCCAUGUGAAGUCAGUCCCUCUUCAAGGGGGCUCCUGACGUCCUUGCAGAACGAGUCAGUCCCAGAGUCACCUCUGGGUUGCAUCUCGACUGAUAUGGCAGAAACCACUGAGUCACAACCUUUGGACAUUGACAACAACCCCAUCCAAAUUGAGCUGGCACCCGAGGUGCCUGGAGGUAAGGCCAAAGCCAAAUCGAAGUACGGCAGGAAGACUAGCAAGGCAAGCGGUAAGCAGGCUGACCGUACACACAGAGCCCCGGAGAAGCAAUUCUCCCGGGCCCAACACAUGUCUGCUGAAAGAGAUCAUACACUGUCAAACUCUACACCACCUGACAUGGGAGCGCCCCUACCAUCCACAUCGAGAGCUUGGUCACCUGAGAAUGUGCUUCAGCAGGUCUCGACUCAGACCUUUGGUCAGGGAGGACCACCUCUGUUUGGGGAGGACCUUGAUUUGCCUGGCCCGUCAACAGCACCCAUCGCUGCUAUCACACCAUCUGCUGUGGGGUUACGGCCUCCGCUAGAGCAGUCCUUCUCUGACCACCUCCAAGUGUGGAUAUUACAGGCUGUGUUCCAAGCCAUGGCGUCUGCAGGUCAACAGGAGGCUUCUCCCAUUCCAGGGCCUUCUUCUGCACCGACCACCUUCGCACGACCUCCACUGGAUUGGUCAGGUAUGGUCUCCCCAUCCCAUUCUCCUGAAUCUGACUCUUCAAAUGUUUUGGAUUAUGAGGGAGAUAGGGACGGUUGGUCGGAUUGUGAGGAACCUACUCAUGAAUCUCAGCCCAUGACGGAGCUCUUCAAUGCUUCGCUGUUUCCUUCAUUGCUGCACAGAGCCUGUGCAGCGGGCAAGCUUUCCUCCAAUCCGGUUCCAACCCCUCAGCCUUCCUCUGAUCAGGACGCUAAUCCCCUGUUUGCCGUGCCUGUAGACGAACACCUACAAAUUCUCUGUCCCCUAUUAUUCCUCAAAAAUAUUCAGGGGCAGUGGGAGUCACCGGCUACUCAACCGACCCAGGGAACGGCUGAGCACAAGAUAGUGGAUGUGGCUAAGAAUUUGGCAGAUUUAUUGGAGGUACCAAAAGUAGAUGAGUCACUAGCUCCACUUUUUUUGACUGCCAGUCUCCCGACAGAUGUCUUGGACGCCCUUAAGGCGGAAGAUAAAAAAUCUGAGAUGGCCUUACGUAAGGUCCAUUUGGCAUCUGCAUGGGCUGCAAAGGCGGCAACUGCCACUUCUUUCUUUGCCAGGAUUUCGAUUACCUGGCUUCGUCAGUUGCAGGACAGGAUUCCGUUGGAAGAGAUCUGAAUCCAUCAGGAUUUAACUAAGCUAAUAGCCACAUCCGAGUAUAUGGCGGAUGUCUCCCUAUAUUCGGCCAAGCACUCAGCCCGAGCAAUGGCUUCCAGCGUAGUUGCUAGGCUUCUAUGGCUCAAAAACUGGAGGGCUGAGAGCAAACAUAAGUGGCAUGCGGCCACUGCCCCCUUCACGGGUGGCAAAUUAUUUGGGGAGGCCCUAACACCAUAUCUCAUUGAAAACAAACAAAAACAAAAGGUUAUUUCUCAUUUGGCAAGGAGAACUAACAGACACUUCCUCCCUUACAGUCGCCGGCAGUCCUUUCAGACUGGGACCGCAACGGAGUCUUCACAAUCAUACCGACCCCCAACCCCUAAGAUUGAGCGCUUCUUUGACAGGGCAAGCUAUAGGGACAGAACCCGGUACCAACCCCAAAACAAACAGUCCUUUCGUGGCAGAGGGGGUCGCCCCUUCCAUCUCUCCAAGUGACUCAGAGGGGACUCCCCCCAUUGGCGGCAGACUUCUGUGAGUCUGUGACAGGUAACCAUUCCUAGGGUACUAGAAUAUUUGAUGGAGGGCAUCAAAAAGGGGUUGGUGCCCAACACUAUCCGCAGACAGUUAGUGGCACUUUUCUCUGUGCUCUUGUGGGACUCCUCAGAGUCCUUAUGAAGGCACCCUGCCAUACGGUCGUUCCUCAAGGGAGUCACUAAUAGUAGACCCCCUGUGGUUCAUAGAUAUCCUUCUUGGAACUUGCUUCCGGUUCUUCAGGCACUAACCUCACCUCCCUUUGAACCACUUAAAACGUGUUCCUUACGACACUUGUCACUCAAAGUCUCCUUCCUGAUUGCAAUUACUUCGUCUAGGCACAUUUCGGAAUUGGCUGCCUUGUCGGUCAGGAAGGAUCUGUGCAUGUUUCAUGAGAACAGGGUGGUUCUCCGGCUAGACCCUUCAUUUAUUCCAAAAAUAAAUAUAGUAUUCCAUAAAGCACAAGAGGUCAUUCUUCCAGAUUUCUGUCCUCCUCCAUCACAUGAAUUGGAAUGGCAAUGGCACACCCUUGAUGUAAGGAGAGCCUUACGACGUUAUAUCA